AUGAAGCAGCAUAUUGAGAGGAAUGGAAGGAAGCCGGGUGUUGCCCGCGGCGCGAAUUCCCAAGCCGUCGAGGAUGCGAUCCAGCACGCUGGUCGCAAUGAAAUCAACGCCCUGGUCUGGCAUUGGUACGCUCCCAAUUGUUUGCUCGACAUCGCAGAGCAGCCGUGGUACAAGGGAUUCUACACCAAGGCCACCUGCUUCAACGUGGCGGACGCCGUCAACGACAGCAAUGGGGCCAACUACCAGCUCCUGUUGCGAGACAUCGAGUCGGCUUUCAAGUGUGUGGCCGGAGAAGUACCUCAGUUUCGCUAG